AUGGGCUAUUGUUGGGAGCAAGUAUUUGCAAGUACAUCUGCAAAUGCCCCUUUCUUGGCUCUCUUCGUCAUGCCCCAAAGCCCACGAAUCAGCCAAGCCAUAAGAGUUGAAGGUAUGCAGCAAGCGGGAGCGCGUAACGCAUGUGAGGCUGCCCAACUUGGGCAAGUGGAUUCCGAGGGGAUCAUAAUCCCCGAGGAAGCCACCCCUCUGGCCGAAUCGUGGGGCAGAAAUAAGCCAAUACGCGGGAUGGGUGAAGAGCAGGUAGGCCCGAGCAGGGAAAGGGAAGAAGGGAAAAAAAGAAGACUGAUGCGAGCCAAGAUGGACGGUUGCGCGACCGGAUUUGGUGAAGAAGGGCGGGCAAGAAAGAUACAGAAGAGCAGGAGACUCGACUUAGCUGGAUUUAGACGAGAUCGCCGGGCCACGUCUGAGAUGAGCCUGGGGAUGGGAUGUACAGAUCCAAAAGCGACCGGAGUCUGGGUCAGCGUGACACUGCCACGUGGCGCGGAUGCACCUCAUUCCGGCUAA